ACCCGAGCAGCAACCGGAAAAGUCUAGCUGUUCUAGCUGUAUGCUCAAGGAUGUUUAGGUGUCCUCAGUCAAUGACUUGCCCACUGGGGACCCAUAAAUCACUGCUUAUGACAUUCAGACACUCUCAGAAGCACUCUUUUGGAGAGAGCAGUAGCCUUUUCUCACAAUGGCUUUGCAUGGUCAGUAGAGAGAAAGGACGACAGCAGAGGCAACCUCGUAUGCCUGAACCACACAGACUCACUCACUUUUCACAAGAAACUCAUCAUAGUUCCUUCUCUUUCCCUGUUAACACAAGCAUUUGCAUUAACCCUGAAAACCCUUCCCACAAUGUGACGUCUAAGGCAGCUGGGCCUAUAACCUCCUCACAGUUUAUGGGAAAGGCCUCUGUAAUCUACGCUCCAAAAACCACUUCAUCAAAACAUUUUAGCCUCAGGAAUUUUGUUCCCAGCAAGUGCCUACAACUUGAACAGUGCAAGGAAAAGCACAGCUGUUCUUCACGGACGUGGAAAUCAGAGCAGAACACCAGCGUUGAGAAUCAGAACUACCAUACUGUCAGAGGGGUCACAUACACGUUGAAUAGGCCAUAUAUGUUAAGCAGAAUGCUCUGGAUUCCCUGUCCUAUGGUACAGAGCUGUUACGGACUUUUGACAGCCCAAGCGUGCAGUGUGCACAGGAGAGUUCCCCAGUGGGCCACCCUUGAGGGGUGCCUGUCGGCCCAGAACGAGGCCCGUUGUCGGGACCAGCUGCAGUCCAACACAGUGCUUUAUGAGCAAAAGCCAGCCAAAAAGUGGGCAGCCGUGCUGGUGUGUCUGUGCAUGGUGGGUGGAGAGCCUGCCUUUCUUUUCACCCUUAGAUCCAGCAAACUCAGGGGAAGGCACAAAGGCGAUGUCAGUUUUGCAGGGGGGAAGCGAGAUGCUAUGGACAGGAAUGUUGUGGACACAGCACUGCGGGAAGCUUGCGAGGAACUUGGGAUUUCAGUGACUGAAAAUGAAGUGUGGGGAUUGCUUAGACCACUGCGUGACAAGUCGGGAAUGCUGAUUGCUCCUGUAUUAGCCAACCUUGGACCACUGGAAUCGCUAAAAUUCCAUCCUAACCCAAGUGAGGUGGAGGAGAUCUUCACCCUGACAGUAGCUCAUCUAUGCAACCCCCAAAACCGGGGUUACACACACUUUCGGACUGGAGAUUGCUAUGGCUACACUCUUCCUGUGUUUCACAAUGAUAAGCAUAGAAUCUGGGGCCUGACUGCAGUAGCCUUGGAUCACACACUCAAAGUCAUUAUGCCAGUAUAGCAAUUGCACAGCCUGAUUCCAUAGGGCUUUUUUGAUGGAAAAGAUUUGUUCAUUUGGCUUCUUUAGAACUUAAAUUUAUGAUGUUCUUGAAAUGAUUGUCACAAAUGAGUGUUGAAUACUUUGAUCAUCACUGUCUGCCCCUGCUGAGUGGUAGAGUACAGUAUGAACUAUGUAAUUAAGUGUCCCUAUUCUGAACAUUUGAAAUGAUAGAUUUUCUUCUAUAAUUAUUGACUAGAUCAUUUUAAAAAUACUGCAUUGGUAUUGCAAUGGGUUUGUUAAACCACUACUUAGAUUUGUAUCAGGCAAUUCAAUAAAAGUAUCUUA